CAGAUGGCCAGAGAAGAAGCGGUCAACACUGGACGCAGCGUGCUAGUUUUCCUUUUCUUGGACGAUAUCCCCACCAGUGAGAUGAGCAUGGAGGUGGUGUCCUAUAUAAAGACUAGCACGUACAUCGCUUAUCCCAAAGACGAUCAACACAAAGAGACGUUUUGGGAUAAGUUGGCAAACGAUAUCAGGGCGCCGUGA